UGUAAUCGGUGGCCAGAUUAUGGUUCGACAGGAGGUUAGAGCUGCUAACAGAAACUGGCUCCGGUAUAAGGCGAACGGAAAGGAAAAGCGGCGUUAGUUGUGGCUGGGGCGCCGAUCCUUCACUUCAGGGAGGCGUAACGUUUAUUCUCAAGUCCCUGUUCUCUCCACUGGUACGAUGUCUGCGAAAGCCAUAUCGGAGCAGACGGGGAAGAAGUUCUUGUACAACAACAACACAUUAGCUGCCGUACAGAACCGUUUCCGCUACGUUAAUGUAACCCCUGCCACCGACUUGAACCGACUCGCACAAGAGCACCCAUGGCUGCUGACUGAACGGCUGGUGGUGAAGCCGGAUCAGCUGAUUAAACGGCGUGGGAAGCUGGGGCUGGUGGGCAUCAACCUGGACCUUCAGGGAGUCAAGGAAUGGCUUAAAGGUCACCUAAUGAAGGAAAUUACAGUUGGAAGGGCAAAAGGUGUCCUGAAGAACUUCCUGAUUGAGCCAUUUGUUCCACACACACAGGAUGAGGAGUUUUACGUUUGCAUCUACGCCACGCGCGAGGCCGACCACGUACUUUUCUACCACGAAGGCGGAGUGGAGGUGGGUGACGUGGACGCCAAGGCCCAGAGGCUGACCGUCGCCGUGGACGACAAACUGAGCGACACCCAAGUCAAAGAGCAGCUCCUCACACACGUUCCCGAUGACAAGAAAGAUGUCCUGGCCAGUUUUAUUGUGGGGCUCUUCAACCUGUAUGAGGACCUCUACUUCACCUACCUCGAGAUCAACCCUCUUGUCGUCACAAAGGAUGGAGUGUAUGUCCUCGACUUGGCAGGCAAAAUUGACGCUACAGCAGAUUUUAUCUGCAAGGCGAAGUGGGGUGACGUGGAGUUUCCUCCUCCAUUCGGCAGAGAAGCAUACCCAGAGGAAGCCUACAUCGCAGAUCUGGAUGCAAAGAGUGGAGCCAGUCUGAAGUUGACCCUGUUGAACCCUCAAGGCAGGAUCUGGACCAUGGUGGCUGGAGGAGGUGCCUCUGUGGUCUACAGCGACACAAUAUGCGACUUGGGUGGCGUGGAUGAGCUGGCCAAUUACGGCGAGUACUCCGGUGCGCCGAGUGAACAGCAGACUUACGACUAUGCAAAAACCAUCCUGUCUCUGAUGACUCGAGAAAAACAUCCUAAUGGGAAAGUGCUGAUCAUAGGAGGAAGUAUUGCAAACUUCACCAACGUUGCAGCUACAUUCAAGGGCAUCGUCAGGGCCAUUAAAGAUUACCAAGGUCCUCUAAAGGAGCACGAGGUCAGCAUAUUUGUGCGGCGUGGCGGGCCCAACUACCAGGAAGGCCUGAGGGUGAUGGGGGAAGUAGGGAAGACCACAGGUAUUCCUAUUCAUGUGUUUGGAACUGAGACUCACAUGACGGCCAUCGUCGGCAUGGCUCUGGGUCACCGGCCGAUCCCCAACCUGCCUCCAGUCGCCGUCCACACCGCAAACUUUCUCCUCAACGCCAACAACAGCCCCAUGACUCCGGCUUCAUCAAGAACGGCUUCGUUCUCUGAACCCAAAACUACAAAUGACGUCACCCCACCCAAAAAGUCGAAAGCAGGUCUUCCACCAGAAUCUCUUCAUUCUUUACUGUGGCCUCUGAAGAAUGUGGUCACAGAUGGUUGGAAAGAAGCUCAAGCUUCUUCGGUCUGCAGUGGAGCCAAAGCAACCACGCUGUUCAGCAGUCACACCAAGGCCAUCGUCUGGGGCAUGCAGACGCGCGCCGUGCAGGGCAUGCUGGAUUUUGACUAUGUGUGCUCCCGAGACCAACCCUCUGUGGCUGCCAUUGUUUACCCUUUCACUGGAGAUCACAAACAGAAGUUCUACUGGGGCCACAAAGAGAUCCUGGUACCUGUCUACAAGAACAUGGCCGACGCCAUGAAAAAGCAUCCCGAAGUGGACGUCAUGAUCAGCUUCGCUUCCCUGCGUUCAGCUUAUGACAGCACGCUAGAGGCCAUGCAGUACCCACAGGUUCACACCAUCGCCAUCAUAGCUGAGGGCAUCCCAGAAGCUCAGACCAGGAAGCUGAUAAAGAUCGCAGACGAGAAAGGCGUCACCAUCAUCGGUCCUGCCACGGUUGGUGGGAUCAAGCCAGGUUGUUUUAAGAUCGGCAACACGGGCGGCAUGUUGGACAACAUCCUGGCAUCCAAACUGUACCGUCCUGGUAGCGUGGCGUACGUGUCUCGCUCUGGAGGCAUGUCCAACGAGCUGAACAACAUCAUCUCUCGCUCUACAGAUGGCGUUUAUGAAGGCGUAGCCAUCGGAGGAGACAGAUAUCCAGGUACUACUUUCAUGGACCAUGUCCUGCGCUACCAGGACACUCCAGGGAUUAAGAUGAUCGUGGUACUGGGAGAGAUUGGAGGCACAGAUGAGUACAAAAUCUGCCAGGGCAUCAAAGACGAAGUAAUCACUAAACCCGUCGUGUGCUGGUGUAUCGGAACAUGUGCCACCAUGUUUGCUUCAGAGGUUCAGUUCGGCCAUGCAGGAGCUUGUGCCCACCAGGCGUCGGAGACGGCAGUGGCCAAGAACCAGGCUCUGAGGGACGCCGGAGCGUACGUACCGAAGAGCUUCGAUGAGCUGGGCGAUGUGAUCAAGAGCGUUUAUGAUGAUCUGGUGGCCAAGGGCACAAUCGUUCCUGCACAGGAAGUCCCUCCUCCGACUGUACCCAUGGACUACUCCUGGGCUCGGGAGUUGGGCCUGAUCCGUAAGCCUGCCUCCUUCAUGACGAGCAUCUGUGACGAGCGAGGCCAGGAGCUCAUCUACGCCGGCAUGGCCAUCACGGAGGUGUUUAAGGAGGAGAUGGGCAUCGGAGGAGUUCUGGGCCUGCUCUGGUUCCAGCGCAGGCUGCCGCGCUACGCCUGUCAGUUCAUCGAGAUGUGCCUGAUGGUGACAGCUGAUCACGGACCCGCCGUUUCCGGCGCUCACAACACGAUUGUCUGCGCUCGCGCUGGCAAAGACCUCAUCUCCAGCCUCACGUCUGGGCUGCUCACCAUCGGGGAUCGUUUUGGAGGCGCUUUGGAUGCAGCAGCAAAGCAGUUCAGCAAGGCGUUCGACAGCGGCAUGCUGCCCAUGGAGUUCGUCAACAAGAUGAAGAAAGACGGGAAGCUGAUCAUGGGCAUCGGCCACAGGGUCAAAUCAAUCAACAAUCCGGACAUGCGAGUUCAAAUACUGAAGGACUUUGUGAAGCAGCACUUCCCGUCGACCCAGCUGCUAGAUUACGCACUAGAGGUGGAGAAGAUCACUACUUCCAAGAAACCCAACUUGAUCCUGAAUGUCGACGGUUUUAUUGGCGUUUCCUUUGUGGACCUGCUCAGAACCUGUGGAGGCUUCACACGGGAUGAAGCCGACGAAUUUGUGGAAAUCGGUGCUCUGAACGGGAUCUUCGUUCUCGGCCGUAGUAUGGGCUUCAUUGGGCAUUACCUGGACCAGAAGAGGCUGAAGCAGGGUCUGUACCGCCACCCGUGGGACGACAUCUCCUAUGUGCUUCCUGAACACAUGUCCAUGUGAACAUCUCAUCCUGGCGCUCGCUGGCUGGCGUGGCGGAAACGCUAAUGGGUUGGGAGCCAUUAACGUUACGGUUAAUGGUCGCCGCUGGGGGCAGGGGACGUUAAAGUACUCACCAAUUAAGAAUCUGUUUAGACAUUUUCAUUUUACUUUUUAAAAGGAAAAGGGGAGGUGGAUAUUUUUAGAUUUAGUUUAAGUCUAAAAAUAUUUAGAUUUAAAUAUUGGGAUAUUUAACAAAUUUAGACAUGUAACUUAUUCUUUUGUUCUUUUUUGGGAGAAAAAGGUCAAACCAAUGGACUGUAUGAAAAUAAAAAUUAAUAGAUGCAAGUAGAAAAGCAGAGAAAUCUGUUUUUGUGGAGCUGAUUUAAAACAUUGUAUUUCCAACUGGCUGGAAAAUCCGGAUUGUUAAAUUGCACGAACAGCAGCCAAUAUUAAAAUCUGUUCAAGCUCAGCAAUACAGUAAUGCUUUUUGUACUACUUAUGCACAUUAACCAUCAUUCACUGUAAUUAGUUUUUUCUGCGUCAGGCUUUUUUUUUUUUUUUUAAACAAGUGCCGAAUUGAGCUUUUUGGUUUUAUUAAGCGCCGCACCUUAGCAAAUUUUUUUUCUUUUUUUUAAUCUUCUCUGGAUUUGUCACCACUAUCCAAACCAAAGAUAAUUUUGGUGAAAUGUUUUUAUUGAAACAUCUGUUUAUAAAAGUGAAGAAUCAUUAUAAAAUAAGGGAGCUGAACAUUUAAGGAGUUAAAGCCUUUCCUGGAGUAAGAACCACGUUUACAGCCCUGAUCGGUCCAUCAACGGUUGGAUGCUAAUGUGAACCAGACGCUUUAGUUGCGCUGCGGUAUCUGAAGAACUUUGUCACAAAACGGUAACAUGUAGAAAACCAAGUGCUUCAUGAAUGAGCCCUGCAGGAAUGUUCGAGGCGAGGGAAUAUGAAAGCAGUUUGCCUUAUUUGUGGACGACAUGCAGCUGAUUAGUCCCGACCAACCUGUAACAUUCUGUAACGCCUGCUGUGUUCGGUCUUUAUUUUGCUUAUUUUAUUUAACUGUGAAAACUGCUUUGUUUUUGUAAUAUGUUGACACUUAGUGGUAUGAUAAUAAAGAAAUUAUUUUAAACUCUU